CGACCACCAUUGAUCAUUUAAUACUAGAUUGCACCAUCAAUACAAGGUGUGACAAGGUACAGAGCUGCACAUCUACGAGGACGCGCAGCCACAAGAACACGUUUUAACACGGUAACUUCGCACCACAAGAGUAACACGGGCCUAUGACCACAUCAUUGGCCACGGUGUUUGUUUUAGUUUUUAUUUUAAUUUUAUCAAUAGUGAUUUCAAUUGUCAAUCAACAACUUUGGGUUGAAGGCAGUGAAAAUUUGAAGAAAUUUGGUGGUUUGGACGUAAAAUUCGCGAGGUUUUCGAUUGGGUGGUGGAAAAAAGUUGUUAGUUCAAGUCCAAGAGUUUUAGCAACCACUACAACUGUAGGAUUAAUAGUAGCAACCGUUUACAUAUUAUACGGAACUAAUUCCAAAACAUUUGGAGUUUUCGACUUGAUGCAAAGGUAUAUAGGUAACGGACCCGGGUCUAGAUUCCGCAGUGGUGGUAGACGUACGCGUGAACAUCGAUUUGCUAUGAAGAAUGGGGGUGAAGUGGGAGGUAUUGCCAAUGAGGGGAACACAUGUUUUAUGAAUAGUGUUAUUCAAUCGUUGGCAUCCUCUCGAGAACUUGGACUGUUUAUUGAAGGGUAUUUACAUCAAGAAAUUGAAGUUGGAACUGACAGUGAUGAAAAAGUAAUGGUUCGUAGUAGUGUACCAAAGGUUGGAUUAGAAUUCACCAAGGCAUUGAAAGAUUUAAUGGAUGGUGUUAAUGGAUCAUAUGGUACUAAGGGUAAAGAGUUCAGUACUAGAGAUUUACUUGCUAAUAUGCCAAAUGGUCCAAAACAGAAUUUUUUCUCUGGUUAUAAUCAAGAAGAUGCACAAGAAUUUUAUCAAUUGGUAUUCAAUUUGUUGGAAAGAGAAUAUAAACUUUCCAAAAAGAAUGAUGAAUCCAAAGAAGAUUCAGAGGAAAGUGAAAAGGAAGAAAGUCCAGUGGAUUCUUCAUUUGUAGAUAGAGAUGAAAUUGAUAAAUUUGUUUGUGGAUUCAAUGAUAUUGGAUACAUUGGUCCAAUAUACGUUCCAGCAGAACAAGUAGAUCCGAACUUGGUCGGACAAGUUGGAUCUGAAAACAAAUAUCAACCUUUACAACUUGUCACUCCAGUGGAUGGAGUAACAGUGGAAAGAGUCGGGUGUUUAACCUGUGGAGAAAUUGGUGGGAUCAGAUACUCAGUCAAUAGUGGACUUAGUUUGAAUUUACCCAAUAAAAAUGCAUAUGCAUAUGAUAUUGAAGAAUUAUUGGAAGAAUGGAUAUCUCCUGAUAUUAUUGAAGAUGUUAAUUGUAAUAGAUGUGGAUUAAGUCAAACAUUGGAAUUUCUUGAAGAGAAAAUCUCUGGGUCUACUGGGAAAGUUGCUACUAUGUAUGAGACAAGAGCUCAAGACAUUAAGAAUGAACUUGAAAGCCCCAUUAUUCUGGAUGAAGUAUUUGAUCGUAUGACUAUCAAACAAAUGAUCAAAAAGACCAAGAAAUCAAAGCAAAUUUUAAUGAGUAGACCUCCUCCAUUAUUAUCCAUGCAUAUCAAUCGAUCUGUUUUCGAUCCUAGAACUUAUCAGAUUGUUAAGAAUACUUGUAAUGUUAGUUUCCCAGAAAAAUUGGAUCUUUCAAAGUAUUCCGCUGAUCCUGAAAAUAUCAAUAUGGAUGCGAGACUACCACUUAAGAAAGAAGGACCAGUUGAAGAAAAAGAAGAAGAAGAAGAGGGAGAAGACGAACAGGAUGAAGUGGUAGAUAGUCGCUUGGUGUAUGAUUUGAAGGCUGUGAUCUCCCAUUAUGGAACUCAUAACUAUGGUCACUAUAUCUGUUACCGUAAACAACGUGGUACUUGGUGGAGAAUUAGUGAUGAAUCUGUUUAUGUGGUGAAUGAAGAAGAAGUUGUGAAUUCACAGGGGACUUUCAUGUUAUUUUAUGAAUAUAACGACGGGAGUGUAGAAGAUUUACAAGAAUUGAGUGAAAGUGAAGAAGAAGAGGAAGAGGAAGAAAUAGGAAAUGAAGCAAAUAAUGAUAGCCUGGACGAUUCAUCUACAAAGGAAGUUGAUGAAUCGGACACCGAAGAGAUUUUGGCUGGGAAAGAAGAUGAAGAUAGUAGUGAAGAUUUCAAUACUGAAGAAGGGCGUGCAUUUCAUAUAUAGAGAGAGAAGAAUAUAAUUUUGACG